UCUGUCUUCAUCUCAAUGUUUCGAGACUACCUGUAAUGUGCUAGAACAACGUUAUUAAGAAGAGAAAGGGGGGUGGCUCGGGAUCGGGGUUAGGGAGAGAUUAACCACAUGGAGGAUGGACAGUAAAGCUGCUGCGUAAUCCGCACAGUCGAUACAAAAUCAGACCGGCAACAACUCACAUACUUUGGACGACAUGCUCGGUGUCAAGUGAGGACCGCAGAGUUGAGAAUCUUCUGAUUUUUGGAUCUUUUUUUGGAGAAAGAGACCAGCAACUUCACAAUUUUUAAAAUAUCUUCCUCCUCCUCCUCAUCAUCACAAAGGCCGAACCAUGAAAAAAGAAAAGCAGGUCAACACGGACAAUGAACCACCAUCAUACCAGGAAGCAACCGCGGGCUAUGAGGAGAUGCAGGCCCAGUUUUCUUGGGAUGACCAGACCAUUCGGCAGACCUUCAUCAGGAAGGUCUACGCCAUUCUCAUGGUCCAGCUCUUAGUGACCGUGGCAAUUGUUGCCCUCUUUACAUUUUGCGCACCCGUAAGGUUCUUCAUUCAGACUCAUCCUAGCUUGUACAUGGCGUCUUAUCUCAUGUUCUUCGCCACUUAUAUCGCUCUGUCUUGCUGUGGAGACUUGAGGAGGCAGGUUCCCUGGAACAUCAUUUUGUUAGUUCUCUUCACUUUAAGCAUGGCCUUCAUGAUGGGAUUUGUGUCGAGCUUUUACAACACCAAGUCGGUGGUGCUGUGUUUGGGAAUCACCUCCCUUGUCUGCUUUUCUGUCACCGUCUUCAGCUUCCAAAGCAAGGUUGACGUGACUUCCUGUCAGGGCGUCCUGUUUUCGUUGUGCAUGGUCAUGUUGCUGUGCGCCAUCACCCUGUCUAUCGUCGUCCCUUUUGGCUACGUUCCCUGGUUACACGCCAUUUAUGCGGUCUUGGGAGCCAUCCUCUUCACCCUGUUCCUGGCAUUCGACACUCAGAUGCUACUUGGGAACAAACGGUUCAGCAUCAGUCCAGAAGAAUAUGUCUUUGCCACGCUCAGCAUCUACCUGGACAUCAUCUACCUGUUCAGCUUCCUGUUGCAGAUCGUCGGAGGCGGUCGCGAUUGAAGCGACUCCCGUAGCCACGCUUUAGGUAUCUUCGCCGAACUCUUCUUCAAGCCAACGAGCAUUUUGUAAACUGACAAAACCACAUCAACUUUUUACUGUAGUUUUACCUUUGUACUCGUACGUAUCAGCCUUGUGAGAAUAUGUGUGCACCAAUAUGUGAUUUGUGACAUACAGUAAUAGAUGACUCUAAUACGUCUGCGGUUGGGCAGGAUAAGGAAUUACGGUAAUCUGUGAUGAGUUAUCCUUUCAUUCCAAAAGUACAAGUAUGGCAGUGAGGACUCAUGAAUGUUAUGCACAUCUUGUUAUUUUUGAGUCUUGAGUUAUUGUAGCGUUCACGACCACUUACCUUAUUCCGCGUGGCAUCUUUUAUACAUGUUUUGACUUUACCGUGUUUUUCCAUUCAUGAUGAGCAAGUGCAUGUAGCAACAUGCAUAAAUGUCAAUGCCAUCAUAGUUGAUGAUGUGACGUAUGUAUUAAAAGUGAAAUUUAGCAUUUAUUUUGAAUAAUAUACGUUUGUGGCAUAUACUGUUUUUCUAUUUAAAUGUGAUGUUGAGAUAAUUUAAAAAAGCCUCAUAAAUUCUCAAUUCUCAUUAGUGCAUAUUAAGACAAAUUCUUGGCGAAAAAGUGAGAUUCAGCCAAUGCCGGUGCUCACACUUACACAAAUGGACAGUUUUGAGUUUUCCGUGAACUGAGGCAGGACAGGGGUGCCCAAGGCCGGUCCUUGAGAGACCCUAUCCAGCCUGUUUUAGAUGUCUCCCUCCUCCCCCCACAUCUGGUUGAAAUGUUCAGUUCAUCAGCAAGCUUUGCAGAAGCCUAAUAAUGGUCCUGAACAUACAAUCUCCACACAGGUCGGACAGAGCCAAUAAUCGAGGCCAGAACCUUUUGACUGUAGGGGAGACGUGCUUAGCAUUUCACCACAAUCUUGCCAUUAUUUCAUUUUUACCUCCUAAAAUAAUGUUGAGUGUUAUUUUAAAAAGUUUUUGCAAUGGAGAGAAAAAUAAAGAUAAAUGGUAGACCAAUCAUACAUACACUGGUGUCUUAAUGCAACGGAAUCUCAGUAAUUAUUUGUGGUCUAAAGAAGAAAAAUAUGUCAGCUAUGACGAUUACAUUGGCAUUGGAAUACGAGUUCAGAACAUAUUUAAGGAAAUUGCGUCAAAUGUUCUUGCCAAAAUACAUAUUACAUCUCACUCUCUUGGUAACUUGAACUUUCUGAAAGGUAGUAAAAAGAGUUUGUUUUGGGCCCUCUGUAUGAGGUGCUGGACUUAGACGUGAUAACAAUUUAAUGUCGACCAUCCACAAUGACUAAUCAUUGGAACAAAGAUCUUUAUUUAAAAAAAAAAAAGUACAACGGACAUUUUAAAAUUCAAAGACAAAACCAAGAAUCUCUUCUUAAAUCAAUUACAAAAAAAAAAAA